UAGGUAUUAUCACUAUUAAUUAAAAUAAAAUCAUCAUAUCGGCGAAUUGAUUACCAAGCUUUGCAUUUGAAGUAUAUUAUAUUAUAUGCGUGUGCACGAGAUCGCAAGCCGAACAUUCUAUCUAUAUAUAGGAUACAGGCGCUAAGCUUUGGCCUAUUUUUGCAGACGCAUAAGUAUAUAUACUCGCAUACAGUGACUACACGGAGUUAAGUUAAGCAGCCCUUAAUCUAAAUAGCAGUAUAGCAAUCAUGGGUGUGAUCGUUCAGACCCUAUCCCCCGGAGACGGAGAAACCUACCCAAAGACAGGCCAAACUGUGGUUGUACACUACAUAGGUACCCUUACCAAUGGAAAGAAAUUUGAUUCGAGCAGGGAUCGGCAAAAGGUUUUUAAGUUCAAAAUUGGUAAAAAUGAGGUGAUCAAGGGCUGGGAUGAAGGUGUUGCUCAGAUGAGCGUUGGAGAACGGGCUAAGCUGACCUGUACACCCGAUGUUGCCUACGGCGCACGAGGACACCCUGGCGUUAUUCCACCAAAUGCUACCCUUAUUUUUGAUGUUGAACUACUGAAGGUCGAGCCAUGAAGCAACCAUUACGACACACCAAACUGACCAAAACUUUUCAUCGUGGCACCAGACAAUUAAAUAACGCUUAAAAUCUUAAGAAUCUAAGCAAAAAGUAGAUUUAAGGCAGAUGGCACACUGUACAAGAUGAUAUUCAUUCAAUUGAUUUAUUUACAAAACCUCUAAAAUAUAAGUUUUUACUUAGAUGUCAAAGUUUAGAAUGUUUUAUAAAAUACAAAACAAGUCCAUUAUCUACGCAGUCGAAGCUACUAGUUACUCGUAAGUUUUUGUAAUAGCAAGUUAUUAAACAUAGAUGACCUUCACCUCUUCAAUUUGUAACACAAAUUUAUUGUAAUAAACCAAAAGCCUUUCAAAUUUUUAGCAGUUGUAUCCAUUCCAUUUAAAUUUAGAAAGACAUUUGAUACCAGCUUACUUAAAUCUUUGUACGAAUUCUAAGCUACCUAAACUUUGUAACUCUAAACCACUUGUGUACUUCUCACUAUACAACCAAAAUAAAAACUUUUCUGUCAACAUUA